AUGUGCUCGCCGUCGCCUCGGUUGGCCGGCUCCAAGCGCGACUCCGACGGCGAGGUUCUGGCCGCCAGCGCCUGGAAGCGCCACAUGGUCGAGAAUUACGGCUGCGAGAUCGAGACGGCGGAAUGCCACCGCCCUAUCUGCGUCAACCCGCAGCAUCUGCUGGUCAAUGGCGGCACUCACGACGACGUACACCGGCACAAGGCCUGCCUGAUACCCUCUCUGCACCAGAACAGCCCGAAAGCGAGCCGCCAUAUCCCCUCGUUGACGACCGUUGCUACCGACAUAUGCACCGAGGCCACUUGCAGCUUCGCAGCUCCUCACUCCUCGUCAGAUAGCCGUUGCGAAGGCAUGUUCUGGGACGCAUGCUCUCCUUCCUGUUCCGGAGACGAGGCUUGCCCGGUCCCGGAUGCCUGCGUAGAUCCGAACUGCGACCUGCAGGGUGUGUGCUGGGAUGGUUCCUGCACAGGAGCUGAUUGCGACGCUGCGCCGUGCCCGGACGGCGUGUGUUUGGUCGACGAGGUGUGCUACAAGGAGCCGUGCCCAAGAGCAAGCUCGUGCGAGCAAAGUCAACGUUGUGCGACACACUUCGGUGACCAUAUCGACCACGACAUCUGCCAACAGAACCACGGCCCCACAUGUCACACCACAAGCAACCAGCAUCUGUGCCAGGAGCUCCAGAACUGGAUCUCCAUGAACGGCGGGGCCUCGAGCACCAACCAUCACAUCCCUCACUGUUACGACGCUCACUCCCAUGAAGCCUAUCAAUGCAACUUACCUCAAUACCAUUCGAAUGGAUAUUAUGAGAACACCUCUCCGCCAUGCUACCCCCAGAUGAACCCGACGAGUCAGCACGGAUCGUCGGGUCUUGAGGAGCUUAGUCGGUUAGCGCAGCUAAACGACCACAUGUUCGGGAGCACGCUCCCACAUCAUACGAUGAACUCCUGCCAAAGCACUUCCACACGCACUCUUGGCAGCUCAUCGAUUGACCACGGUAGUCUGUCAGGAAGCGUCGUCUCCUCUCCUGAUCCGCACCUCCCCCUUCGUCCCCACCAACGACCCACCUUGAAUGGCUUCUUUCAACCAUAUGAGCCCCGUGGAAUGGGCUUCAGGGGGGUCGACUCGCUUUUUGAACCGCCGUGCAAGAAGGCUCGAGAGACUUCACGCCUGAAACAUGCCGAACAGUCGUUGUUUGGCUCAAGUGACAUCAUGGUGGACAUGCCCACGGGGCUGGGCGUUGCGCAAUCCGUUGAGGACCACGAGCAUAUAUGCCGUUGGCAGACCAACGUUAAAUCGGAAGAUGGCCAGCCAGUACUCUGCAACAUGAAGUUUGCUUCUGCGAAGGACUUGGCGGAGCACCUGAAGGACGAUCAUACCGAAGGUCUAGACGGCAAGUACUGCUGUCAUUGGCACGGCUGUUCUUCGAGUACCGAUUUCAAGCAAUCCGGCAAGUUGGCAAGGCACUUUGCCAUUCAUUCGAAGUACAAAAGAUUCCAGUGCAAAUACUGUGACAAGAGUUUCAACACCGCACAAACUCUGGAAAAUCACCACAACACGCACACGGGCGAGCGUCCUCAUGCGUGCCACUACGAAGGCUGUACUUACGCCGCCGCAACGGCAACUCAACUCAAGGGCCAUAUUCAAGGCACCCAUCUGAAAGAGAAGAGGUUCCAGUGCAAGCUCUGCUCUUUCUGCUGCACCGACUCGUCGAACCUGACGAAGCAUGAGAAUGGAGUUCACGGCCGCAAGGAAUACAAGUGCCCGCACCAUGGCUGCACAGCAUCGGUCACGAGUGAGUGGAGCAUCAUCCGCAAGCAUUUCAAGGAGUCUGGUCACUGUCCUGAGCUGCUGGAGAGCAACUCGCAAGCGCAGAAAAAAUUCAAGAAGGCCGCUGUCGUCAAAGACCAAGCCGGCGUCAUGGCCAACGGCCGCAGAGCUCCGAUAUCGCGCAACAGGACCAAGCGCAGCGAGACGGCGGAACAGCAUGUGAAGAGCGAGUCGGAGUCGGUAGAGCCCAUUGCCGCGUAG